AUGGCUGACCUCAUAUCGUCAUUCUCCUUCCUGACGGAAAACCCUGCUGCUGCGGCAGUUAAGGAUGCAUACUCGUCGUUCUCCGCGCGGAGGGCGUUGCUCAACUUGCCUUGCCCUGGCACAAUCGACAACCUGGCUAGAGAGGUCCAGAAGGACGUUUUGCUAUCCAACUUUAUGUUCUCAGGUCUCCGGGCAGACUUGACUAAGGUCUUUGGCAUGUCUCCUCUGUUCCGAGUAUCGCACGCGUUCUCGAUGGGCUCCAGUAGCAACAUGGCUCCCUACAACUUUUCCACCAUGUACGGAAGCCCCAAGGUUUUCUUGCAAGGUAACCUCGGAAAUGACGGUACCCUCGCCGCUGUCGCGAACUACCGCUGGAACUCAGCUCUCGUCACCAAGACCAACGCUCAGAUUAUGGCCGGUGGCAGCCAGGGCCUGGUUCAGAUAGAUAACGACUACACCGGUGCCGAUUUCACAGCAUCCUUGAAGGCUUUCAAUCCAUCCUUCCUCGAAGGCGGUCUGACCGGUAUCUUCGUCGGUAGCUACCUCCAGUCCGUCACACCCAACCUGGCUCUUGGUUUCGAGGCCAUCUGGCAGCGCCAGGGCCUAUCUGCUCCUCCCGAGACUGCUCUCUCCUACUCUGCCAAGUACAAAGGUGAUGACUGGAUUGGUACUGCUCAGCUGCAGGCUCAGGGUAACUUCGGUGCUACCUACUGGCGCAAGAUCUCUGAGCGCGUUGAGGCCGGUAUUGACAUGAACCUUCAGUUUGCUCCUAGCCCUGCCGCCAUGAUGAUGGGUGGGCCCAGCCGUGAUGGUACCACUGCUAUUGGCGCCAAGUACGACUUCCGUGCAUCCUCUUUCCGUGCUCAGGUCGAUAGCGCUGGCAAGGUUAGCUGUCUUUUGGAGAAGCGCAUUGCCAUGCCCAUCUCUCUGACUUUCGCCGGAGAGAUUGAUCAGGCUAAGCAAACUGCCAAGGUUGGCCUUGCCGUCUCUCUGGAGAUCGCUGGAGAAGAGCUUAUGGAGCAGCAGGACAGUGUCGAUGCCGCCAGCAUGAUUCCUCCUCCCUUCUAA